AUGGCUCCGCGCCUUCGCGUUUCGACGUCAGAUAUCUCCCGGGCAGUCCGCCGGCAAAGGGGACUGCGAGUGGAAUAUCAACAUGCAACCACCACCUCCAUCAGAGCUGCCAGCACAGCGACAGCAAUGGCAUCGACAACCACUGUUCCACCUCCGUCGAUAGAAAAGAUGAACAAAAGACCGCCUCGCAUCGCCCGAACCGCAUUCGUCCAACCCCCUUCACACAGACGGCCCGAGGAGCGCCGCUCGCAACUGCUGCGACAAUACACGUCGCUCAUCCGCACUGCACCCCUGAUGGUGUUUUUCCAGCACAACAAUCUCCAAUCAACCGAAUGGGCGGCGAUUCGCCGCGAGCUGGUGCAGGCUCUGCAAAAAGUAGACGAACAGCAUGCCGCAGAAGGGCGGAAUACCGUGCCACUGGCACCACAUGUCAAACUCCAAAUCAUCCAGACACGGAUUUUCGAAGUCGCUUUGCGUAUUGUGGACCACUUCCGACCUGAAAACGCUACGGGAGGAGCGAAAUCCGCCGAAGAGAUGCUUACGCACGAUCUUUCGCGAGAAGCGCACAAUGCCGUGUACCAUCUCAAGGGAAAGCAUGAGCUGGCCACUCUUCUUUCGGGCCCGCUUGCAGUGCUGUCUCUGCCGAACGUCUCGCCCGAGCAUCUGAAAGCAGCGUUGUCGAUUCUUGCGCCCAAGGCCUCUGGGUUUUCGGCUCCUUCGCGAAAGGCAAAUCCCGGAUACCACGAAUUGACUGUCCAGGAUGGGUUACAUAAGAUGAUGCUGGUGGCUGCGCGAGUCGAUGGCCAAGUGUUUGACCUCGAAGGCACCAAGUGGGUUGGAAGCAUUGAAAGCGGUCUCGACGGUCUCCGUGCCCAGCUUGUGUAUGCCUUGCAAGGCAUUGGUGGAGGCGUUACGUCUGCGCUGGAGGGUGCUGGAAAGAGCCUGUAUCUCACCAUGGAAAGCCGGAGAAGUGUGUUGGAGGAAGAGCAGAAAGGGGAGAGUGGAGAGAAUGGGGAGAAGCAAUCAUAG